CAGAAGUGAAGUAUCUUUGCAAGUCUCCCUCCAGAUUGCAGGGGCAAAGGGGGCUCAUUGCCUAGUGUCUGCUAGCAGGGCACAUGAAUCACUAAAAUGGCAAAUGAGCUGAAAAAUUUGGAACCCAAUCUUCAGCAGCUAGAUACCAAGAGAACAUCAGCUCCAAAGAAGAUGGAGAUGUCAAAGAGCCCAGUCGUUGCCCCAUUCAGAGGAAUAGAUAUCACAGGAGUCUCAGGGAAACUUGAACACAUGACUCUGAACACACCACUAAUGUUUAGUGUGGAGGCCCUGAGACCUCAGUCAAAGAGCACCUCUCGCUUUGGCAGCUUUAGCCACCAUUCCUUCUUUUCACGACACAAUCCCCACCCUCAUCGGGUGACUCACAUCCAAGGUUUGAAUGGUGUUCCUAUCUGCAUGGUUAAUGAUGGGUGGUCCAGACUGACCCCUCUGCCAUCUCAUCCAAUGAUAAAGGGCCAGCUUUCUACGACCAUACUGGGAGCGCCUGGCAUCCAGCUGCCAAUUGGAGAUCCACAUAGUAAUCUGGUCCCCAGACUAGCUAUAGGUUCAUUGUCAGAAGCAUGGCGAGAAGAACUGAAGGAACUUGCUGCCAGAGUUAGUGCCGCCUCCUGCAAAGAAAUGGAGAAAAAAGAAGUGAUAAGUAAGACAGAGGAACUUCGGAGAGCUACACAGUACUCAGCAGAAACUGGGCGCCUCAUCCCACCUCCCUCUCGGGCAAACACCUGCCAUUCCUUCCACCAAAUGCACUGCAACAAUGCCAAGAAUAAAGGCAAGGAGGCUGUCCUAUCUUUCCAGGAUCAAGAACUGGUUAUUUUAGAGCUGCUGUGUCAGAUCCUGCAGACAGACUCGUUGAUGGCUAUUCAGGAAUGGCUGCUCACAGCUGGCCAGAGAGAAAAGGAUCUUGUUAUGGGGAUGUUACAGACUGCAACUGCCAACCUACAACUUGAACCCCAGUCCCUGACAACAAACACAGAGGAGAGGCCACAGACACAAAUUUCCCAGAUCACAGCAGGUCUGCCCUCCAGAGGGCAUCACUUAGGAAGGAGCUCUUCAACCAGAUUUUCUCAGAAAAAGAAACAAGAACCUAUUCCAGAAGAAGAGAAACCAGUGCACAUUGGAACUGCAGAAGUUCUCCAGUUUCAUUCUUCCCAGCAGAAUCAGCCAGACCCAACCAGCUAACAUGAUCUGCCAUUGUUCCU